UUUUUUUUUCUUUCUUCUUUCACUUUGAAACACUCGAUUAAAUACAAUGGCCAAAGAUACAAAGAAAUUAAAAAAGCAAGAGGAAUUUUCAGAGGAAGACGAGGACCAGUUUGACGAAUCCGAUCUCGAUCUCGAAGCUGACGAUGAAGACGAUGACGACGAUCUCGAUAGCAACGACGAUCCUAUGGAACAAGACGAUGAAUUCGAUCUUGACCAGGAACAAAAGUCCAGCAAUGCAAAGGGAAAGAACUCGAGCGAGGCAUUCUCGGAAGCAAUGACAAAGAUCUUGGCCAGUAGUUUGAAGGGUUCGGAUAAGAAGCAACCCAUCAUGGCUAGAUCCAAGGGCACAGAACGAAAGAUCGAGGAUGAAAAGUUGGAAUAUAAGGCGCGAAAGAUGAUGACGGCUGAAAAGAAGGCACAGAAAGAACGAGGUCGAGUCAUUCCAGAUUACACAUCAUUUGAUUAUGAAAAACGGUUAAGAAAGGUGGCUACGCGUGGUGUGGUCAAGUUGUUCAAUGCAAUCCGAACACAACAAAAAGCAACAGAGGUAGCUGUUACAAAGGUAUCAGAAAAACACAAGGCGUCAUCAGCCAUUGAAAAGGCACGAAAUGUUUCCACCAUGUCGAAAUCCAAUUUCUUGGACUUAUUAAAAACGGGCUCUUCAUAAUAAAAUUAUCAUCUGCAUCUUAUUACUAUUACACGGAACCAGGACGACUAUGGUUACCUACAAUCAUUGGGGUGUUAGUAGUUUGCUUUGACGCUAUAGAGUAUGCUUGAUCCAGAACAGCAAGACAAGUCAGCAUUACGAUAGAACGCGGUUCACGAGUGUUGGCGAAGUUGUUCGUAUGCUGGCAGAAAUUGGCGCUCACAUAGUUAAAAGAGCUAGUCGUAACCUCUGCAUUGCAUCUACUCUAUAUUUUCCUCACACAGCUAGAGUGAUCGGAACACUGGAACCCAGAAAAGAGCAGGACAAAAGG